UAGACUAAACAUUGUCCACCGAUCCACGAGAGUACGUUAGACACACAAUCUGAGCCGUCCAUUAAGCUCACAGGUCCGACGUGGCAAUGAAGUUAAAAUCAGGUUUUGCGAGUGUGUUGGUAUUUGUUCUGAUUCGAACGAAAGUAGAGAGCUUGGAGAGGCACCCCUUUGGAUAGCGAGCGAGCCUUUUCGUGAAGUUUUGUAUUGGAGAUCUGCUGAACACUGAAAUUACGAUGGGGGAAGAAGAUACAAAAGUCAUUGUGGAGCCAACAGCAAAUGGGACCAGUUCUCUUCCAAAGCCAUCAGAUGAAAUCACUGGGAAACAGGCGGAGGAGAAUGCUACUGUAAAAGAAACACAGGAAAACAAAAAAGCUGAGGAUAAUGGAUCUGAGAAAAUGGUGAUAGAUGAUGACAUCAAGCAAGAUGAAGAGAAAGAGGUUUCAGAUAAAGAAACGAAAGCUGAGACUGAGAAAGAUGUCAACGGAGACAAGGAGCCAGCAGAGACUGCUGAAACAAACGAAGAUAAGGGACAACCAGAAGCUGAUCAAAUGGAUGAAGACACUGAUGGCAAGAAGUUGGAAGCUGAUGAUGGUUUGUCUGGAGGUGCUACAGCGGAAGAUACUGUGAUGAAGGAAUCCGUGGAGUCUGAUGACAAGAGAGAGACAGACACAAAAGGUGCCGAAAAUCAAGUGGUGAACAAGAUAGAUACAACUGAAGGAAGCCAAGAUAAAACUGAGAAAGAAUCAGAGGAAGAGAAGUUAUUGGGUGGAGACGAGGGGGACAGUGUCGAUGAGGUUGAAAAGAGGGAUACAAGUAACAAAGAAGAGGCACCAAAGGAAAGGAAUGAAGGCGAAAUGGCUGAAGAUGGGAAAGAGGAAAAACCAAACAAAGAAGAGGAAGUGAAGGAAGCGAACAAGGAAGAGGAAGACACAGAUGUCAAUGAGCCGAAAGAGGAUGACGAAAAAAUAGAGGCUAAGGGUGAGGAUGGAAAUGAUAUAGAUGACAGCAAGGAUGAGAUUGAAGAUAAAGAGGAGGAGACAAAGGACGAGAAGGAAGAUGAAAAAGAAGAGAGCAAUGAUGAGAAAGAAGAUGAAAAAGAAAAGAACAAUGAUGAUAAGGAAGAUGAAAAUGAAGAUAGCAAGAAGUCUAGCAAGCGAGGGAAAGGGAAGAAUGAGAAAGCUCGCGGGAAGACAAAGAGUGAGGAAGAAAAGAAGGAUGCUGAACCUGAGACUCCUUACUCUGAUCGCCCUGUACGUGAGCGAAAGUCUGUUGAAAGGCUUGUUGCGGUGAUUGAUAAAGAUUCUUCAAAGGAAUUCCAAGUUGAAAAGGGAAAAGGAACACCUCUCAAAGAUAUCCCCAAUGUUGCUUACAAGAUAGCAAGGAAGAAGUCUGAGGAAGUUUUCAAGCUUCUGCACACAAUUCUAUUUGGCGGGAGAAGAGGGAGAGCUGCACAGGUUAAGGCAAACAUAUUGCGCUUUUCUGGUUACAAAUGGCAAGGAGAUGAGGAAAAAGCAAAAGAUAAAAUAAAAGAAAAGCUUGACAAAUGCAACAAGGAGAAGCUGCUGGAGUUUUGCGAUCUCUUUGACAUAUCGGUUGCCAAGGCAACAACGAAAAAGGAAGACAUUGUUGCAAAGCUAUUUAAGUUCUUGGAAAAACCUCAUGCGACUACUGAUGUUCCUGUUUAUGAGAAAGAGAAGGGCGCAAAACGCAAAAGAACUCCUACGAAAAGUUCACAUGCAGCUGGAAGUUCAUCUUCUAAACGAUCAGCAAAGAGCCAAAAAAAGACUGACAAAAAGAGCUUACCUCAUUCUGAUGAUGAGUCUGAAGAAGAGAAAGAGGAAGAAGAAGAGGAGAGAGAGCAUGAGACAGAGGAGGAAGAUGAAAAGAUUGAUGAGGAGGAGGAGAAUGAAAAUGGGAUUCCUGAUCAAUCGGAUGAUGAGGCCCCUCAACCUUCUGAAAGUGAGGAGAAAGUUGAAUCUGAGGAGGACUCAGAGUCAGAGGAAGAAACUAAAAAGAAGAAACGUGGUUCUAGGACAGUAUCUGGAAAGAAAGAAUCGACAGCAGGGAAAUCAAGAAGCAAGAAAGCUGCAGUCUCUACGAAAUCCAGUCCACCCCCAACGAAAGUUACCCAAAAGCGUUCAGCAGGAAAAAGAAAGAAGAGUGAUGACGACGACAGUGAUACAAGUCCAAAGGCAUCGUCCUCUAAGAGGAAGAAGACUGAAAAACCGGCCAAGGAGCAGUCCUCGGUUCCUUCAAAAUCGGCAUCAAAAGAGAAACCAGGAAAAAGAGGCGGAAAAGGGAAAGACAAAACCAAGGAGCCUAGUGAUGAAGAGUUGAAAAAUGCAAUUGUCGAUAUCUUGAAGGAAGUGGACUUUAACACGGCCACAUUCACUGACAUCCUCAAUCGACUAGCUGGGAUGUUCAAACUGGAUCUCACCUCAAGAAAAUCAUCGAUAAAGCUGAUGAUUCAAGAUGAGCUGACUAAGCUAGCAGAUGAAGCCGAGAAUGAGGUUGGAGAAGAAGAUGCUGAGAAAGAGAAAGCUGGUGGAGAGGAGGUUAAGGCUUGAUCACAAAGCAUUUAAAUCUAGUCUUAGCUACUAUUUAAUUUUCAAGGGGUCUCUGAGGCAAAUAUACCAGAGAAUGUAAUUUGUUGGUUGUUUUUGGUCGGGACUUGUGCUAUAAACAGGAGUUCUUUUCUUAUUUACUUUUGGUAGAGUCAGAGAGGAAGAAGCUGAUGAGUAGUCUAAGGCAGUUUCGUGUGUGUACGAUUUAAACAUAAGCUCCUUCAGGUUUUAUGCUUCACAUAAAAACACCCUUGUGAUUUUUGGGUUUUUCUAAAAGAUAUUUUGUGCAUA